CCAUCCACCUCCGCGUGGCGAUCCCAACGCAAAGACAUCAUGGGACACACAACGACCGUCAAGAUCGUCGUUCCAGCCAAAACAAACAAGUUUAUCCCAAGUAGAAGCAACAAGUCAUGGCAGCAUCUCUUUAUCAUUUGAGCAGGCAACGAUGGCGAGGCUUGGUCCUGGCGGUCGUAAUGAUUGGAUGUCUUGUGGGAACUUCCAAGGCUGCUUCCAAUUGUCCGAUCAAUGGCGGGAGUAGUGUACCCAUCCUCCAUCGAAGCAUUUCAUCAUUAUCGACACGACAACAGCCAUAUCCAAUACUGAAACCAGCAGAAUUGGAUAUCUUGUUCCAGCUUCGGGGAGGAGCUGAUGAUGAUGAGGAUGAUGGUAUCUCUCUGGAUGAGACAACUUCAGCUUCACCCAUCAUGUCCAAACUACGAAAUGUCAUUCGAUCAGUAUUGCAAAUAGGAGACCGAAAGAUCCCCAUAGUGUCAACUGGUCUCAAGGCUAUUUUGGGAGGACUUGAAAACAUCCUGGGAGUCGAGUUGCUCCCCAAGAAAAAGAAGAAAAAGGCAAAGAAAGCUGGCAAAAAGAACAAAAAGAAAAAGGCUGCCAAAGAAGAGGGUGAUACUGAAGAAGAAGACGACAAACCAAAGGAAACAUCCAAAAAACAACCCAGUGCUGCCACCAAAAAACAUCUGGUUUCCAAACUGUCCGCUACCAACCCCAAUUAUCGGAUCCAAAGAGAACUCAAAGAGUUCAUCCAAGAACCGCCGCCGAAUCUCUCUGUCAAGGUUGGCAAAAACAUUCGAGUGUGGAUCGUUACCAUGAUCGGAGCCAAAAACACCAUCUACGAAGGUGAAGUCUACAAACUUCGAGUAUCUUUCCCUCCACAAUAUCCAACCAUGCCACCCAGUGUCUACUUUUUGCCACCCAACAUUCCAAAACACGAACACGUGUAUACCAAUGGAGACAUUUGCCUGUCACUGCUGGGCAAAGACUGGCGUCCCACCAUGACAGCUCAAUCCAUUGCCAACUCCAUUCUAUCCAUACUUUCCUCGGCGCAGUCAAAGUCGAUUCCUAUGGACAACGCCAAACAUGCCCAAAACAAACCAGGACAGUACCAAGAAGAUUGGGUGUAUCACGACGACAAUUGCUAAUGAUCAAACACUUGCAUCUAUCUAGAUCCAUACCGUAGGAAAUGGCCGACAAAGGGAACUUUAGUCGCGGCAAUUCAAAUGGAUGAGUCAAUCUUCUUGGGUGUGAUUGUUGUGUAGGGCCACAAGCCAUGGACGAGCUAUUCGUUGAUCAUGUCAGUCAAUGUAAACACUAACAACUGUACUGGUAUCCAGUAGGCAGAAUCUGACCCUUGCUUGCUUGCACGCCAAUCCAGUCCAAUAGUCGUAAAACUAACUUCCACUAUAGCUAGCUAGGAAAGCGAUUCCUAUGCUUGGCAACAUGAUUG